AUGGUCCCGCACACAUUUGUGUACUUCUAUUACGGAAAUGGAUCGUUUCAUCCAAAGGUCCAAACCCAACAAAGCCCCAAUACAACCUGCAACUGCAUCUCUGCUCCCCAAAUCGGAGCCAAGAUCAUGCUCACUUUCCCGCUUGUCGCCACUGACAAGGAGGCCAUUGAGGAAUAUGAAACUUUGCAGGCAUCCCAGGCUUCGCAGGAUGAGACGGAGAACGCUUCUUCCAGAGCAGAUACCCGACGGUGGAUUCGAGGGAAGAGCUCCAUCUAUGUCGACGCGUUCAAUCUUGCUCUAAAUACGGUUCUUGAAGACGAGUCACAUCUGUUUGAUGUCGAAGAAAGAUGCUAUCACAAUGACAUCUCGGAUAUGUCAAUGGCUGUUGCCAGUCUGCUCGAGUCUCGGCCGCUUUUGAAUGAUACCAAUUCCGGACUCGACGAAAACGCCGUCGAUUACGAUUCUUGGAAAGCGGAUGGCGCGUUCUGUUUUGCCGAUGAGUCCCACUCGUGUAUCAAAACCAUUGAGGAGGCUGUCACGCUUUUAAGCCUCGACGAACUCAAAGCGCUGGCCAAGGAGGCCAAAGUUCAGGGCAAAAACAAAACUGACCUCACCAAGGCUUUAUGCCGCGCGAGCGCCCAGCAGUCAGGUCUGAUGGCGGUAGGCCUCCGCCGCUCAAGCUCGAAGGAGUCAACAGCUUCCGGUAACAGCCUGGAAAACCAAGACUCGAAUCGGAACACUCACUUCCUAAACAAAAUUCUUGCCAUUACCGGGCCUUUGGUCAGGUUAUCGGAGCCUGUUUUUAAGUUGUUUGAGCGUGUCCACCUUGUCUUUUACCGCUCAACCGAGUGGACCGAGAAAUCACUCACAACUAUCAUCCUGGCCAAGAUGGCCCGACGAAACUACCCCGACUACAUUGUGUGUCGAUCGGCCAACAUAUUCCCGUCCCGGCGACAUCUUCUAGAAUUUGAACUCUCCAUGAGAAAAGAGUUUGAGGUCGAUGGUGUCCUCGAGUUCAACGGCCCGCCUGGAGAGGAGGGCUUUCGGAAGAUCCUUGCUGUCUUCGAAACGAUUGCGCCGCGUUGGAGAGAGUUGAUCAAGGAAGAGAACGACAAAGAAUCCCACUUGUACGAGUUUGGUGAAGGUGGUUAUCUUCGCCGAUUCAACGCAGGUCAUGCUUUUACACGCAUCGCGCACAAGGCGGCCCAUGUUCUCGGCCGUCUACACAACUACCUCGAGGAGCAUAAGCUGCUUACUGAGCUUCUCGAUCAACGCUUAUUCCAUCCCGCACGCCGUGGCUCCUGGUAUCAACGCAAGGCACUGCUGGAAGAACGGUAUAUGUGGGAGGCAGGCCCUGACCCUGUGUCGACUGACCUCGAGGUCCGGAAGAAACACUGGCAGCGAAUCGCGGUUACUACAUGCGAAACCGCUCUCGAGGACCGUGAUUGCCACCUGAUUUACCAUUAUGACCUACAGAAACGUCUCCUCAAACUCGAAAAGAGGUUACGAGUUCCUCGCCGUCUCCAACACGAUUUCGGGCACGUCAAACUGCGUGAACCAGAAGUGCAUACCGUGCAAGGUAUUCAGGUGAUCCGAGACGAGCCAGAUGUCAAAGGGAAGACCGGCCGCGGACCAAGCACCAAGACGGUAUGGCUCGAUGAACUAGGCGACCCGGGCGAGGACGGUCAACCUCUCCACGUCAGUGUUGAGGACAUGUGUCUGUCAUAUUAUCGCACCCAGGGAUGGAAGGGUUAUCACAGCGAAGGGGGCAUUUUACGAACGCUAUUCGCCUACCUGUUCUAUGACGUCCUUUUCGUUUACAUACCAAAUGUCUUUCAGACGCCUUUCCAGACCUGUCCACUCGACCUCCACACAGACGCCUUCUACCCAGCCCGCGCAAGCCAGAUCAACCAUAGGCUUGUCCAGAUCGGCAACGGAGAGGCCGAGCAGAUCCUACGGGAAGUUCAUGAGCGAGAACAUGAGCGCUGCACCUGUGUCGUGGGUUUAAAUUGGGACUUUGAGAUUGAGGAUUUGGCCGACUUGGUGGCCUGCUUCGACGGAGGGGCGCUUGCUGCCGUGUGCAAGGUCAUGGCGCAAGAGUACAGAGCUCGGGGAGGCGGCGUACCAGACCUCAUUCUGUGGCGGGCGGGCGGAGACGAUGGCGAGGGCGGUUACCGAAAAGGGGAGGUGAUGUUUGCCGAAGUCAAGAGCGCCAACGACCGGCUCAGCGAUACCCAACGUCUGUGGAUCAACGUCCUCACCGGGGCGGGAGUCCGGGUCGCCCUCUGCAAUGCAAGAGCUCGAGAUGUGCGAGCGAGCUGA